GCGCCGCCACUCGGAGUCCUCGCAACUGCCAGCGCGAUGCCAAAGGGGCCCAAGCAGCAGCCGCCGGAGCCCGAGUGGAUCGGGGACGGAGAGGGCCCGGCGCCCGCCGAGAAAGUGGUGAAGAGAGGGAAGAAAGACAAGAAGACCAAAAAGACGUUCUUUGAAGAGCUGGCGGUAGAAGAUAAGCAGGCUGAGGAAGAAGAGAAGGCUCUUAAGGAGCAGCAGCAGCAGCAGCAGCAGCAGCAGCAACAGAAAAAGAAACGAGACACCCGGAAAGGCAGGCGGAAGAAGGAUGUGGACGAUGAUGGCGAGGAGAAAGAGCUCAUGGAGCGGCUUAAGAAGCUCUCGGUGCCGGCCAGCGAUGAGGAGGGUGAGACACCUGUCCCGAUACCUCGCGGAGGGAAGAAAACCAAGGGCAGCAAUGCCUUCGCAGCACUGACCCAGGAUCAGAGUGAGGAAGAGGAGGAGGAGGAAACAUGUCCUAAACCUGCCAAGCCAGAGAAGAACCGGGUCAAUAAGGCGGUAUCUGAAGAGCAGCAGCCUGUGGUCAAGGGCACAAAAGGAAAAGAAGAAAAGUCCAAGGGGAAGACCAAGCCUCAAAAUAUAUUUGCCACUCUGGACAGUGGAGGGGAGGACGAAGAAGAAGUAAGAGAGAAACUGCCCAAACAAGGGAAGGAGAAGGAAAAGAGCAAGAAGGGCUCUGAGGAAGAUGGGGAGGAAGAUGGGGAGGACGACGGGGAGCCCAAGGCCGACGAUCCUUACGCUCAGCUUAGCAAAAAGGAGAAGAAGAAACUGAAGAAACAGAUGGAGUACGAGCGCCAAGUGGCUUCAUUAAAAGCAGCCAGUGCUGCGGAAAAUGACUUCUCUGUGUCCCAGGCAGAGGUGUCCUCCCGUCAGGCCAUGCUAGAAAAUGCAUCUGACAUCAAGCUGGAGAAGUUCAGCAUCUCGGCCCACGGCAAGGAGUUGUUCAUCAACGCCGACCUGUACAUCGUAGCUGGCCGCCGCUACGGGCUCGUGGGGCCCAAUGGCAAGGGCAAGACCACUCUUCUCAAGCACAUCGCCAACCGAGCCCUGAGCAUCCCCCCCAACAUUGACGUGCUGCUGUGUGAGCAAGAGGUGGUUGCGGAUGAGACGCCAGCAGUGCAGGCUGUGCUUCGGGCCGACACCAAACGACUGAAGCUCCUGGAAGAGGAGCGGCGGCUUCAGGGGCAGCUGGAGCAGGGGGACGACGCGGCUGCCGAGCGGCUGGAGAAGGUGUAUGAGGAGUUGCGAGCCACAGGGGCGGCAGCUGCAGAGGCCAAGGCCCGGCGGAUCCUGGCUGGUCUGGGCUUCGACCCAGAAAUGCAGAACCGGCCCACACAGAAGUUCUCUGGAGGCUGGCGUAUGCGUGUGUCCCUGGCCAGGGCCCUCUUCAUGGAGCCCACGCUGCUGAUGCUGGACGAGCCCACUAAUCACCUGGACCUCAAUGCCGUCAUCUGGCUCAACAACUACCUCCAGGGCUGGCGGAAGACGCUGCUGAUUGUCUCCCACGACCAGGGCUUCCUGGACGAUGUUUGCACCGACAUCGUCCACCUCGAUGCCCAGCGGCUCCACUACUACAGGGGCAAUUACAUGACCUUCAAGAAGAUGUACCAGCAGAAGCAGAAGGAACUGCUCAAGCAGUAUGAGAAGCAGGAGAAGAAGCUGAAGGAGCUGAAGGCGGGCGGCAAGUCCACCAAGCAGGCAGAAAAGCAGACAAAGGAAGCCCUGACUCGGAAGCAGCAGAAAUGUCGACGGAAAAACCAGGAUGAAGAGUCCCAGGAGGCCCCCGAGCUUCUGAAGCGCCCCAAGGAGUACACUGUGCGCUUCACGUUCCCGAACCCGCCGCCCCUCAGCCCUCCAGUGCUGGGCCUGCACGGUGUGACGUUUGCCUAUGAGGGGCAGAAGGCGCUCUUUAAGAACUUGGACUUUGGCAUCGACAUGGACUCCAGGAUCUGCAUCGUGGGCCCCAAUGGCGUGGGGAAGAGCACCCUGCUGCUGCUGCUGACGGGCAAGCUGGCGCCGACCCGAGGGGAGAUGAGGAAGAACCACCGGCUGAAAAUUGGCUUCUUCAACCAGCAGUACGCCGAGCAGCUGCGCAUGGAGGAGACGCCCACCGAGUACCUGCAGCGGGGCUUCAACCUGCCCUAUCAGGACGCCCGCAAGUGCCUGGGCCGCUUCGGCCUGGAGAGCCACGCCCACACCAUCCAGAUCUGCAAACUCUCAGGUGGGCAGAAAGCCCGAGUUGUGUUUGCAGAGCUGUCCUGUCGGGAGCCCGAUGUCCUCGUUUUGGAUGAGCCGACCAAUAACCUGGAUAUAGAGUCUAUUGAUGCUCUGGGGGAGGCCAUCAAUGAGUACAAGGGUGCUGUGAUUGUCGUCAGCCACGACGCCCGCCUCAUCACAGAAACCAACUGCCAGCUGUGGGUGGUGGAGGAGCAGAGUGUCAGCCAGAUCGACGGCGACUUCGAGGACUACAAGCGGGAGGUGCUGGAGGCCCUGGGCGAGGUCAUAGUCAACCGGCCCCGGGAUUGAGCCUUCCAGGAGAUCCUGAAGACCCAAGUCCCCAUAGGAUAUGUGUGUCCCCAGUCGGAAACCUGCCUCUGGCCUGCAGCCGGCUCCACAACCACUCAGGCAGGUGAAGGUGGCUGCCUUGAUGUGACCAGGGUACCACUGAUUGCUCCCUGCUCCUCACAACACUUGUCUGGUCCACUCCUCUGCAGAAACUGACUCUGCCCCUGACGCCCCCGUGUGAAUGGAGGUGACCUUCAUUCAUGCGGGAACCUGCCUUGCUAAGCUUGUGUGGCCCAGAGGCCCCUGCUGUCCACCUUGCAGGGCCCAGUGGCCUGUCCAUGGUCCCCGUCACUGAGUGGCUGGCGCUGCUCUUUCCAGCUGGAUUCAGCGCUCGCUCGCUCAUGGGUCCCAAGCAGAUGCUGCAGCGCUGAGCUGGAGGGCUAUGCUGAGGCCUGCCGCCUUGGUCUGGUUGGGACUUGGAGGCGAGAGGGGUGGUGCUAACCCUCAACCUCCCUUCACAAGAGAAAGCAAGCACGCAGAGGGGAGGAGUUACUACUGUCUCCUGUCACCGUUUGCUCGGGAGUGGACACUGUUCUCGUCUUGUGCAAUUGUCCAUCACUUUUCUCACGAAUACAGAUGGAUCUUAUUUUCAGCCUCACCUCCCUGUGGGGAGAGCUUGCUAUCUGAGAAUCCUCCCUUCCAUCAAGGACACUUGACUGUCGGUGUGAAUGAGGCGGUCAGAGCCCAGAAUACGGAUCCUUUCCAAAGGGAUGAGUGGCCAGCGCGUGCAGUGCUGUGGGGCGAACACAGGCAGCAAGCAGGUCUGCCUUUGCAUUGUCCAGUUAGAGAAGACUUGGAAAUAAAACAGGAGCUGGUUACAAUUGGAUGUAAUACAGAUUAUUGCCAAAUGA